AUGGACGCUAGCUACCACGAAGCCAUCGAUAUCAAGGAGAAGCGCCUCCAGGACGAGGGCCUGGACAACAGCCUUCCCACCGAUGUCCUCGACCAGAUCAAAGAGUACCGCAAUGUUAUCUACUGGUCGCUGCUCUUUCUCGAGGGCUCGGCCAUGUGGGCCUACUACUCGUGCUUGUCGGCGCAGGACUACUACGCCAGCACCUUCCCGGACGUCAAGUUUGCCUUCUUGACGACACCCGUCUUGACGUGGCCGCUCACACUCGGUCACAUCGUCCAAAUGUGGUUUGGCCUCGAUCGCUCGCUUGGCAACAUGAAGCGCGUCAUCAUCGGCUACUCUGUCUUCGGCCUCUGCUGCAUCCUCAUCAUCGUCCAAGGCUACCUCGACAUGAGCCAGACGGCAGGUGCCACCAUGGUCUUGAUCUGCUUUGGCUGCGUCGGUGCGGCUCAGUCGCUCACCGAACCGACGUUCUAUGCCGUUGCGUCGCUCUUCCCGGACGCGCACUUUACGAACGCGAUCCAGGUCGGCAACGUCGCGGCCGGCGUCCUCAACGUCGUCUUGGCUGCGCUCAUCCACUUGGCUGUCGGUGGCAUCCACGACACGGACCCGGCCGGCAGUGUCAAGCUGUCGUUCUUUAUCUUUAUGGUGCUUUUGUUUCUCAUUUCGGUGGGUGCCGUCGUCGUCUACUACCGCCUCGAGAAGAUCCCGUGCGUGCGCUACCUCCUCGACCGUGCCGCGGCUGACCACGUCAAGCACGGCGAGGUGUCGCUGCCGCAGCUCUGGGCCAAGCUCUUCCGCGUCAGCAAGGUCAUUGUGAUGCCCAUGGUGGCUCAGUUCAUGCUCUUCUUCUGCACACUGACCCUGUAUCCAGGCAUUGGCAUUGCGUCGAUCGCCAAAGAGCUCUUUGGAACGUCCGCCGGUCCGUGGCUCGUCGCGCCGGGUGUUGUCGCCCCCUUCAACAUUGGUGACCUUCUCGGGCGCCUCCUGUCGACCAAGGCCGCGAUCAAGUUUUUCUCGAUGCGCUUUUGCUUUAUCUUUUCGUUCUGCCGGUGGGUGUGGCUGCCGCUGCUGCUCAUGGCAGCGUCGACCAACUCGCUGUACGCCUUUGGAGACUCGCAGUGGGGCGCGUACGGAUUCCUGCUUGUGCUCUACUUGCUCUUGGGCGUCACGGGCGGUCUCUUCUCGACGGUUACGAUGGGCAUGGGUCCGCUCUUGGUGCCGCAGGAAGACCGCGAAGCGGCUGCGGCGCUCAUGGUCAUGGCGCUCUUCCUCGGCAUCUCGAGCGGCUCGACGUUUGGGUGGGGCAUCAGCAACAACCACUGGCUCGGUCUCUAGUGGUACGAUUCGAACUCGGCAAACGACAACACGUGUCGAGUGUGGACAAUAUGACAAUCAAUAUAUUCGUGG